AUGCGGGGAGGCUUGGGUAUCAAGAACUUGAGAAAACAGAAUGAAGCCUUUAUGGUGAAACUUUGUUGGAAAUUGGUUUGUGACAAAGAAGCCUUGUGGGUCAAGAAGGUACAUAACAACAAGUUGACAGUAUUUGGAGAUGAUUUGACAUUUGCAAGUACCAAAAAGACUAAAUCGUUCCUAUGGAUAUUCGCACAUGGCAGAGCUCACACAGCAAGCCUUCGACAACGAAGGGGGCUAGAGGUAACAUCAAAUGGCCCCUUUGACUGUGAGGAGAUAGAGACUAAUAUGCACUUGAUCCGUGACUAUGCAAAUGCUAUUCAGUGCAAGCAAUUAGUAGUAGAUCCCACUCUUUGGUUUCAGUUUACUUCCCUCCAAGGAGUAGACUGGAUCAAAUGGAACCUUGGCAAAGAAGCAGGCAAAGACUUUACGAAGAAUCUUAGCUGGCCGACCUUGUUCGAGUAUAUUUGCUGGGACACUUGGGUGGUAAGAUGUAACCAACUGUUCAAUCAUAGUGUUACCACUAAGGAGACUAGUGCCCUACCAAGUUUCUUCAAAGCAUACUGGGACCAAGACAUGGUAACCAACUGUUCCUUCUACAACAUAGAGAAUAGGGCAAGACAGGUAUACCAAAACUUACAAGGAGAGUAUGCUAUCUUGGAGGUAGACGGUUCAAUUACACAGGAAGGACGCCGUGGCUGUGGAGGAGUUAUACGGAGCAAUAAAGGAGCUUGGAUAUUUGGCUUUAGCUGUAAAAUCAAUUCCACUCCCUGA